CUUAGCUUCAUUCCAACGAUCCCCAGCUCAAGAGAAUUAUAUCUCCUUCCAUCGAUCAUUUCUCAUCCAUCUAUCAUGGACAUUGCAGCAAUACUCCGGAGCAAGUACAACGUGAAGAAGGAGACAGACAUGGUGGCCUUGAUAGAAGAAGCCGUGCUGGUCGCCUCCUUGGUCGUGCCCGAACGCCUCAAGAAGCAUCGCAGCCGGAUCGUCAAACUGCUCUUCGAUGACAACCCGGGUCGCUCGGAUCUGCUCUUCUCCGACGAUGAAUUGUUCGAUGACGAUGACGACGACGAUGACGACCCGCGGUCGGGUUCCAAGAUCACCCAUGCAGCUUCCCCUUUGCCGCCUGUCAACAAGACCAAGAUCAAGAUCCUCAAGAAGGGUGCUUCGGUUGAUGCUCUUUCUCCUUCCCCGAGAUGUGGCGGCGGCCGUGAUGUUCACGGCGGUGCAACCGUGGGAUGCAAGAGAAAAUCCCUCUCUGCUGGGAAUGGGCGGCUCAACAGCAAGGUGGUCCAGGCUCCAACAUGUGGGGUCAAGCAGAGGUUGCUUUCAAAAAUGAAGAGGAGGAAGGUCCAAUAUAAUCCAACAUGGAUCCGCUAGCUAAUCAUCAUAGGAUGGAUGAAAAGAACCUUAUUCUUAAAAUGUGUUGAUCAAUGAUGAACUGAUGAUGUAGUAUAGGUUAGGUUAAUUCUUAUCAUUUUUAUCACAUGAAAAAGUAUGUAGCUAGGUUUAGCUAGUUUAUUUGUGUGAUUCGUGUGUAUUAGUACAAGACAACCAGAACUACGUGUGGCUUGAUCCCGGAUUCUACAAGAAAUAGAAGAAUCCGGGUACGUAGGCAGCCUUUGCUCUAUUAAUAAAAG